UCCGUUCCCAACUUUGGACGAGAACAACAUUGUCCGACGAAGCCUUCACGCGGAGGCGCGCUCGCUCUCUCCCGUUUCAAGAAGGGGAAGAAUUCGAGAGCGGGAGGACAGAAAAAGGGGAGAGAAGUAGUCUCCGUGAUCGUCCUUUCCGAAUUAAAAGCAAUGGCGUCCUCUUCAGAUUCAUGGUUGUGGGAGUUAAAUGAAGCUUCCAGGCUUGCUAAUGAUAUUAGUGCCAUGAUUUCCGAAAGAGGUUCUUUGCCUCCAUCAGGGCCAGAUAUCCAACGUCAUACAUCUUCCAUUCGGAGGAAGAUAACAAUUCUUGGGACUAGACUGGAUAGUUUGGAGUCCCUUCUCUCCAAGCUUCCUAGUAAACAGCCGAUAUCUGAUAAGGAGUUGCAUAAAUGCCAGGACAUGCUCUCAAAUUUGAGAUCUAAAGCAAAACAGAUGGCUUCUACAUUGAAUAUGUCAAGCUUUGCCAACAGGGAAGACUUACUUGGACAAAGUAAAUCAACCGAUGAGGUAAAUAGAACUGUGGGAUUGGAUAAUUAUGGUAUUGUUGGUUUACAGAGGCAGAUUAUGAAAGAGCAAGAUGAGGGCCUUGAGAAAUUGGAAGAGACAGUGCUGAGCACAAAACAUAUUGCAUUAACAGUUAACGAGGAACUGGAUCUGCAUACUAGAUUGAUUGAUAACUUGGACCAUCAUGUGGACUUAACCGGUUCAAGGCUUCAGAGAGUACAAAGGAGGCUGGCGAUUCUUAACAAGCGUACAAAAGGUGGUUGUUCAUGUAUGUGCCUGCUCUUGUUGGUUGUUGCUAUAGUGAUUCUGGUUGUUAUCGCUUGGGCUCUUAUUAAGUACUUGUAGAAGUGGCACCAAAAUUGAUCUCUACACUGCUUAAUUUGUCCUGAACUUGCUUUCAAUAUCAAGGAAUCAAUAAGAAGCUAGCCUUGUGCGAUCAA